CUGUUAAAAACCGGAGAAGAAGCAGCAGGAGCGGAAGCGGAAGCGGCCGAAUCUAAGCCGAAGCUGACAUGAUGACGGCCGACGACGUUCUGUUCGAGUUCCUUCACAUGGAGAUGGUGUCUCAUCUUCACACAGAGCAGGCGACUCGAGACGAUGUAGAAAAGGAGAGAGUCACGUGUGUGUCUGUACUGGAGGGAAUGGGCUUCAGAGUGGGUCAAGGCCUAAUCGAGAGGUUAACGAAAGAUUGUCCCACCUUUAAAGAUGACCUGGACGUUAUGAAGUUCCUCUGUAAAGAUUUCUGGACUGGAAUCUUCAGGAAACAAAUUGACAACCUGAGGACCAACCAUCAGGGAACGUAUGUCCUCCAGGACAACAAGUUUGCUCUGCUGACUCAGGUUUCUUGUGGAAAACAGCAGCUAGAGGAAUCGUCUAAAUAUUUGGCUUACACGUGUGGUUUAAUUAGAGGAGCCUUGUCUAACCUGGGCUUGGAGGGUGUGGUGACUGCUGAGGUUUCAUUAAUGCCAUCAUGCAAAUUUCAGGUUGUGAUCCAGAAACCCUGAUCCUCUGUCCGGUUGCUCUGAAUGUAAUGAUGAGAUGUUUACAACUAAGAAGAUGUUUACAGCAGAUCCCAGCAGAUGCUGUGAGAGGUUCAGGGAGAACAGAACCAAGAGAUACAGAACUGUAGAAUAAUGAAAAUGACUCUCAGGCCUCAGGAGGAGCAGGAAGCUGCUCACAUCUCAUCCCUUCUGCUGUGUUCAUCUCAGUCCAGAAGCCCAGAGACAGUUUACUAAAACGUACAAUAAACAAAUGAUGACAAACUAUUUAUUAAACCAAUAGAGUCUCAGAUAGCAUUAAAAAUGUGUUCCAUCAUUUAUUCCUUCUUGUUUGUGUGUGAUGUGAGAUUUCUGACCCUUCAGUUGUAGAGCGGUGCUGAGUUUAAAAGUCGAUUCUUGGUUUCUAACCACAGGAGAAAUGAUUUCAGCUCCGUUUACUGCCACAGUGUACAGAUGUUCUGUACUCCGGAGCUCGAGUAACACAAACCCACAGUUUCUUUUUAUUUCACUUUCAGACGGUUCACUCUUUACUGUAAGUGUGCAGUGUGUAGAUUAUUGUGUCAGUGUGUAAAUGUGUGUUUAGAUCUAGUUGUGUUCUGGACUUUAUCUGUCUCCUCUGCAUCUAUUCCACAGAAAGUGACUUUUUAUUUCGUAUUGAGGGUUUAAAAAAAAGCUGCUUUGGUUUUUUUUUUUAAAUAAAUGUUGUCUUUAAUUCCUA